AUGGUGAAAAAAGUCAAGAGUGAAUCAACUGAGUUGCCUGAUUGUAUUAUAUCACAUAUCUUUUCCAAGCUAAGUUUGAAGAAUUUGGUGAAAACUAGUGCAUUGUCCAAACAAUGGUAUCACGAAUGGGGAUUAAGAAAGGACCUCAAUUUUGAUCUCCAUAACAUGUUUGACUGUAAUCCAGAGUUACCAAAAACCCCACUCUUUCCACUCUUUCAACAGCUUCAAUCUCAAUUUGCCACAAGAUUGGAUUAUUUCAUCCAGAAAUAUCAUGGUGACAUCAUCAGUUCAAUCAGAAUCAAUUUUCCAUUAGGUCGGGAUAAUACUCAUGUCAUUGAUAGAUUGAUUCACAAAGGAGUUUUUAAGGGUGUCAAUCGUAUUGAGCUGCUCUUGGCAUAUCCACGGCCAUUGCCUGAUUUUGAAAAAGCAAUGAAAGCAAUGCCCUUUCCAUAUAAUGAAUCUGAUUUUGAAAAAGCAAUGAUUCCAUAUAAUGAAUCUGAUUUUGAAAUAGAGCCAUACAAUUUUUUCUUGUCUGACUCUCAUAAUUCUCUCACAUAUCUACACCUACAGAACUGCCGCAUAAUGGAAUUUUCUGGAUUGAAGAAUUUGACAACUCUUGUGUUGCAUCUACUUCCUGUCGAGCAGAAUAUGCUUCAGGAUAUGUGUCUUAAAUGCAUCCAUCUUCACAACUUGACUCUUAAUGAAUGUACCUUCAGAUCUGACUUAAAAAUAACUAGUACAACAUUGCUUCAUUUGAACAUUAACUGCGGGGAUAUCAUUGGCGAGAAGAUUAAUAUUGAUAUCAUUGCAUCAAAUCUCUCCUCCGUUCAAUAUUCCUCAGACUGUCUCGCUGAAUUUCUAUUACACACGCUGAAUAUCAAGUCUCAUAAGUUAUCCAACUUUAGCUACACAUGUGCUCAAAUUUCUAAUCUUGUUCACUUUUCUGGACUCAAGAAUGUCACAACAAUUGUCUUGGAUGGACUCAUGGAGGGUGAUGUCAUAAAUUUUGGACUCAGGGAGGGUGAUGUCAUAACUCAUCUGUUUUCUAAAUGUCUCCAACUCCAACAUGUCACCAUUAGCCAGUGUUGGCUCACGUGUGAAUGCAAAAUCAUCAGUGCAAAGUUGCGUCAUUUGAGCAUACUUCAUUGUUUCAAUACCAAUGUCUUGGAUAUUGCUUCCAAUGGCUCAUUGUUUGAAUACAGAGGUCAUCCGGAGACGAAGAGCAUACUCUCUAUUCAUGCUUUGAAUCUCUCAUCCUUUGAAUUUAGAGGUCGUUCGGAGAUGAGGAGCAUAAUCUCCAUUGAGGCCCCAAAGUUAUUGAAGGAUUUUUGGGAUGCAGGUUUUAACAAGAUAUGCAUAUAA